AUGCACACGUUGUUCGGCGACCAAAACGCGUACUACCGGACGGGCAUGUACCCGGGCACGUCCAACCCGGCCGCUUAUCCGGGCGCGUACGAGCAGUACGCCCGGUAUGGAUACAACCCGGCGGCCGGUUACCAGGCGUCACACCACCAUCACCACCAUCAUGUGGUGUCGGCAGCCGCGGCCGCGGCCAAAGACAUGGUCAAGCCACCGUACUCGUACAUUGCCCUGAUAGCAAUGGCUAUACAGAACGCGUCGGAUAAACGGUGCACGCUCAACGGUAUCUACCAGUUCAUCAUGGAGCGGUUCCCGUACUACCGGGAGAACAAGCAGGGCUGGCAGAACUCGAUCCGACACAACUUGAGCCUGAACGAGUGUUUCGUCAAGCAGCCGCGCGACGACAAGAAACCGGGCAAGGGCAGCUAUUGGACGCUGGACCCGGACUCGUACAACAUGUUCGACAACGGGUCGUACCUGCGUCGCCGGAGACGGUUUAAGAAGAAGGACGCGCUCAAGGAGAAGGAAGAUGCCAUCAAGCGGCAGCAGGAGCUCAUGCUGAAGAAGGUUACCGAGGAACAGUGCAAGCUGCUAUUGCACGGUGGCGGUGGUGCCGUCAAGGAACUGAUGCAAGUCGACUGCAACAAACAGCCGAAAAAAGAGCCAGGUGUACCGCCGUCGUCCACGCCACACCAGUCAGCCGGCGGUGACCCGGCCGCGCCACCGACGUCCGGUGGCCAAACGUCGUCAUCGGCACCACCGCCGCCGCCUCCCGCAUACCAUCAGCACCACCAUCACCUACAGUACGACAACGAUCACCAGGACGAUUCGCCGUCGGCCGCCACGGGAAACCACCUGCACCAUCACCAUCACAGGUACAUGACCACUCCGGCAGCAGCGGCUGCCGCUGCUGCUGCCGCGGCCGCUACCGGCGACCAUCACCAUAACCAUGGAGACGAAUUUGCCUCGCACCAUCACCAGUACGUGGCCGCAGCGGCGGCGGCUGCAGCGGGCCAUCACCGGGCACCCGGCUGGUACAGCGCCGACCCAUCCGACUUUUUCGACGCCGUUGUGCCCAACCCGGUGGCCGCGGCCACAGCAGCCAGUUGUGGAUUCCGCAACUCGCAGCAUUCCACCCCUGGCACCCACACACAGCUACACAAUUACUAUCAACUGCAGCAGCAACAACAGCAGCAACAACAACAACAGCAACAACAGCCGCACGACGGAAAUUCAUCCGUCAAGUUUUCGUCACAACUAUAA